AUGAGACCAUUCAGCGAGAGUGGAGUGCUGGUCAUCUGGUCCAAGCAUCCGACAAUAGAUACAUUUAUAAGUUACUGAACAUUUUUUUAUAAAUAUAUUAUAAAUAAAAUUCAAAUAAUAAAAUGUAGAAAAGUUACAUAUAGACUCAUGAAACAUCGUUACACUUCAACUGUAUUUAAUGCAAAUUUUAUAAAUGUGAAUAAAUUCGCAGAAUUCUAAAACAGAAUGUAAUCAAGAAUAACGUCAUUUUAAAUUAUAUAACUAAACAGAAAAUAUUCACACAUUCACGUGUUUAUGAAAGUGUUCAACACGCGUCAAUGAAAGUGUUCUUCAUACAGAAAUUGUAGCCUUAAUAGCCUCGUCACGAAGACUGACUACAAAAACACAGAUGACAGAACAAAGAAAUUGAUGAUACGAGUGAAAAUAACGACAGAAUAUAUUUCAAUGACAUGAUUUAAUUCGUAUUUUUGGACGUCAGAAUCAAUAUAAAUGGAAAUCACAUAUUUUUCCACGGAUGGAUGGGCAGACAAGGAGAAGGAAGAACAAUCAGAAAUUAUUCUUCAUUUUGACAUUGCAGUUUUGAUAGCUUUGUCACGAAGACUGACUACAAAAAUUAGACAAAAAAUAACCUGACGAUAUGAGUGAAAAUAAAAGACAAACAUAUAUUUCAAGGGCAUGAUUUAUUUCGUAUUAUUGAACACCAUAAUCAAUAUAAAUGGAAAUUAGAUAUUUUUCCACGGAUGGAUUUGGAGAUGAGGUGGAGGAAGAAGAACCAGAGAGGCCCUGACCUUGUGCUACAAGAGUCGCCCAAGGGCGUGUUCUGGUCUGUGGGUGAACUCGUAAUCAAGGUGUACGAAGGCUCGCUCGAUCUCCGGCAGGGACUCGAGUUUCUCCUGCAGGGUCUCCCCGAUGUCGUGAGCCUGUCUCAGCAGCAUCUCAGACGGCAACACGACGUCCACCUCCACAAAGUAGUGAGAGCCAAACGUGUAGGCUCGGACAGUGUCGAUGUGCUUUAUGGCCUCAUGGUGGUUCCAGCACAGAUACGUCAGCUUCUGCAGGUAAUCCGGCGCCGCCGUGCAGCCAACCAGAGAGUUGACAUUUUCCAGCACCGUUGUUGACCAGGUCCGGAUUGUGUACAAUGAUAGCUGUGAUAGCAGGCGGUCAACAUGUCAUACGACAGUGAUAAAUUUCAGACAAAAUAAAUUAAGGAAGAAGGUUAUAGGGGAUGUGCUUACAAUAAUGGCUCCUACAGGGUCGAUCCAAUGUCUCACAUAGCUGGAGAGGAGGGCAGCUAAGAGGCCGAUGAUGUUAGUGACGACAUCAAAGAAGUGGUCCUGAGCAUAGGCUUUGACAAUCUUGUUGGUGAAUGAACGGCAGUAGAUGACCAGGGCGAGCUUCACAAGAAUCACUGAUAGCAUGAUGUCAAUGAUCCAGCGGAGUCGGUCCUCAUUCAAGCUGAACGAAUCAUCCUAACUCAGAUCACAGAGAAAGUAUAUUUAAUACGGAUGAUCAAUGAAAUCAAUGAAUAAAGAUGAGGGAAGACUUCCAUACGUCAGAAAUUAAUGAUCGGACAGACUCCAGUAUUAUCUGUAGACCCAACGUCGCCAUAACAGUGGCGAAUACCAAUAUACCCUGCACAAAAAAUUUAGGUUUUCAUCCUAAAUGUGGAAUUAAAUUACCCAAAACGGUAAAGUUUGCCAUGAUAGCUUGCAGAACAUUACUCGUUCAAGGAGACCAAAGGUAAAAAAACCGGAUGAAUUUCAUAAUAGGUCCUUCGUACAGUUCAGAUCUUCUCCCUAUGUUUUGAGACACAAAAGUCCAGAGCACACGAGCAGUAUAUCCAGCUUAGUUGGGCAUGUGGCUGGAAUUCAUUAAUUUGAAUUCUGCAAAUCCAUACCCAUUAUGGAUUUGAAUCUCUGUAGUGUGGCCAAAGAUAAUUGUAAUCAAUUACGCAAGCAACGAAACAAAACAAAAAGUUUCCCUGCGUUUUUCAGAUUUCUAUCAGAACUGAAACACUAAAAUUUCCAUGUUCACACAAUCAAAUCCCCACUGUAUCAUUGGUUGUUUCCACAUGAGAUUGCUUGCAUAUACUUAACUACGGUGAGUAAUAUUAUCUACUAUUCUCUACAAACCGAUGGGAAAAAGAGUUACUGA